AUGGAUUCCACCGGCUGGGGACAGAAUUCCGGUACCCAAUCAUGGCCUCCCACAAAAGCCAUCGAUGCCAUCGAGACCGUCCAUUUCACCCUCUUGCCAAACGACCUUAGAUUUAAUCCAGUGAUUUGCGAAAACAAAAAUAGUCGAGAGAGCCUCUUCUCCUGGUGGCUUCUUGACUUCAUCGACGUCUUUUUCGCUACCUCUCUUCCCACCGGACCCCCUGGUACGAGCAAACCACAAUUUGUUCUUGCCUGCGUCUGGGUGGAAUUUCCGGGAAAAGAUCGGGAUCGAGCUUGUUGUCGAUCCAAGGCCCGAUCCGCAUCGCAGCCCCGAUUUUUAAACUGUGGAUAUCCUCUAGGCUGGAGGGAGCCACAGCCACAAAGGGGGGAAGAAAGAAAAGAGAGAGAAGGGCGGAGGAAGGCAGAGAGACAGGAGUCCAGAUCAUUGGGCUUUCACGCUCUCACGAUCCUCUGUGCGCCACCACCGGCCAGUCACCAGUAUAGACCUGGCCUGGGUUCUGACGAACACGUCCCUAGGGGGGCCCAUUAUUGCCCUCAUUUCCGUUCCGAUAGUCUUCUUUACCCACCUGGCUGUGAAGGACCUGCCCUUCCAAGCUCUGACGGUCAGAAGAUCCGUUGGACUACUUGGGCUCUGCUGACCUGGUUGGUCUGGAGGGCCCUCCUUCUCCAUAGUCUCCGCUUCAGGUCUGGCUACGGGUGCUCCUCUUUCUGUUAUCAUCGUGGGGGGCACGGUAUUUCUGUCAUCGCUCUCCCUGCCUGUUCACAACCAAAGUGUUUCAUUUCCCUUUACCCUUCACUUUCCAAUUUCACCCAACCACCCCCUGGCUCAACACCCAUGGGAGGGAAACGCACUCUUUCGCAAUCAACUGCCUCUCCCCCAACAAUUCCCUGUGAUCAUCCACCUCAACAGUCACCAAUGUCUUUCAAUUUCCCUAUACCUCUGAAACUGUCGGGUGGCGGGAGAAAGCAGCUUCUUUGGUGGCUGCCAUACGCGCUCGAGGGACAGAUACCCUAUUUUCCUUCAAUUAGCAUUGGCCUGUCGUCUUUUGGCGUGAAGGAGGGCCACUACGGCGCAGUGCUUGUGCCCUACGUCCCUCUUCGCCGCGACGCUGGUUUUCCGGUCUCCGUGGCGUAA